GGCUAGCUCUACAUCUCGCUCCCAACUUCCUCCCAGCACAUUCCUGCAGUCCGUCCGCCGUCCACUCUGCCCUCACCCCACACCGGAGCCCUCCAGCUGCUGCUGCCCCCGUAAGCAGCCCCCCCCCUCAGCUUGAGCCUUGUCACGGUGCCAGCAGGUGUCCCUGUGUCUGGGACAGGGGCCUGCCUCUAGCCCUUGGGCCUGAGACCUCAGACUCACGCUGGGGUGGAAAAGACCCAGGGGUCCACCUGAGAGCCACCUCCACCCCGGCCCUGCUGCCCCCGCCGAUGUCUGGCUGAGCCCCAGCGGUGGUCCGAGCUGCCCACGGCCUCCUCCUGGUCCCCAAGGCUAGCUCUGCCAAGGACGACUCCUUGAACGCCAGGUGGCUAACGGACGGCAGCCACAAGCCCCAGCAGCAGCAUGGGCAGCACCAGCCCAGGCCUGAGCAAUGUGUCCCCUGGCUGCCUGCUGCUGUCCCCGGACCUGUCCGUGCGGACAGGUGUGGAGAAGGCAGCGGCCACGGCAGCGGCAGCGGUGGGUCCCGAGAAGCCAGACUGGAGCCCCAGCCCACCCGGCACCCCUGAGCAGGGCCUGUCCGCCUUCUACCUCUCCUACUUUAACACGUACCCCGAGGAUGGCAGCUGGGCCGCCAAAGUCCCCACGGCCAGCAGGGAGGACGCGCUGGAGGAGCCUGAGCAGUGCCCCGUCAUCGACAGCCAGGCCUCCGGAAGCAGCCUGGACGAGCACUCCCUCGAGCAGGUGCAGUCCAUGGUGGUGGGUGAGGUCCUGAAGGACAUCGAGACGGCCUGCAAGCUGCUCAACAUCACGGCAGACCCUGGGGACUGGAGCCCUGGCAACGUGCAGAAGUGGCUCCUGUGGACAGAGCACCAGUACCGGCUUCCGCCAGCAGGCAAGGCCUUCCAGGAGCUGGGCGGCAAGGAGCUGUGUGCCAUGUCGGAGGAGCAGUUCCGCCAGCGUGCGCCCCUGGGUGGGGACGUGCUGCAUGCCCAUCUGGACAUCUGGAAGUCAGCGGCCUGGAUGAAGGAGAGGACCUCGCCUGGGGCCCUUCACUACUGCGCCUCCACCAGCGAGGAGGGCUGGACGGAUGGUGAGGUGGAUUCCUCGUGCUCCGGGCAGCCCAUCCACCUGUGGCAGUUCCUCAAGGAACUGCUGCUCAAGCCUCACAGCUACGGCCGCUUCAUUCGCUGGCUCAACAAGGAGAAAGGCAUCUUCAAAAUUGAGGACUCCGCCCAGGUGGCCCGGCUCUGGGGUGUGCGCAAGAACCGGCCCGCCAUGAACUACGACAAGCUAAGCCGCUCCAUCCGCCAGUACUACAAGAAGGGGAUCAUUCGCAAACCUGACAUCUCUCAGCGCCUCGUCUAUCAGUUUGUACAUCCCGUCUGAGGGCCACAGAGGCCGGGGGGCCUACAACCUGCCCCGGACGGCCACCCUCCUGCUGCUCGGGGCCUCUGCUCAAUCUGAACCUGGGGACUGCUGGCAUCCACGUUCACAGUCACUCAUCUGGGGGUACAUACGAGCUCUCUGGCUCCCUCUUCAGGUUGUACUGCUCAAGUACAUAGGCCCCUGGAGGGUCAAGGGAGCUACGCUUGGACUGUGGAAUUCUCGGAGGAAACAGCACGCAAGGACUGGGACCCAGGCAACCCACUGGACAGUGACAUCGCUGCUCUCUGCUCCUGCCACCUCCUCCUGUACCAUACGGGGCGUGGUGCUAAGAGAUGUCUUCACCCUGUGUUGGGGAGCCAGGGGUGCCCAAGGAAUGAAUAAUAAAGAUACAUGAUAACUGA